AUGUCUGAAUCUACCUAUUUCUCAUUCCCAAGGGAAGAAGAAAAAGUUCUUGCCUUUUGGGAAGAAAUUGAUGCUUUCCAUAGGUCUAUGGAAUUGACAAAGGAUAAGCCUGAGUUUUCGUUUUUUGACGGUCCUCCAUUCGCAACAGGUACUCCUCAUUAUGGUCAUAUCUUAGCCUCUACUGUCAAGGAUAUUGUUCCAAGAUACGCUACUAUGACUGGUCACCAUGUCGAAAGAAGAUUCGGUUGGGAUACUCAUGGUUUACCAAUUGAACAUAUCAUUGACAAGAAAUUGGGUAUCAACAGUAAAGAAGACGUCUUUAAAUACGGUAUUGAAAACUAUAACAACGAUUGUAGAGAUAUUGUCAUGACUUAUGCCGAUGAAUGGAGAAAAACUAUUGGUCGUGUUGGUCGUUGGAUCGAUUUCGACAAUGAUUACAAAACUAUGUACCCAACUUUCAUGGAAUCAGUCUGGUGGGCUUUCAAGGAAUUGCACAAGAAAGAUCAAGUCUAUCGUGGUUUCAGAGUUAUGCCUUACUCCACUGGUUUGACUACUCCUUUAAGUAAUUUCGAAGCUCAACAAAACUAUAAAGAUGUUAAUGACCCAGCUGUCACUAUUGGUUUCAGCGUUGUCGGACAAGAAAAGACACAAUUAGUUGCUUGGACUACUACUCCAUGGACUUUACCAUCUAAUUUGGCUUUAUGUGUUAACCCAGAAUUCGAAUAUGUUAAAAUUUACGAUGAAAACAAAGAUCAAUACUUUAUUUUAUUAGAAAGUUUGGUUAAAUCUUUAUAUAAGAAACCGGCUGCUGAAAAAUUCAAGGUUGUUGAAAAAAUUAAAGGUUCUGACUUAGUUGGUUUGAAGUACGAACCUUUAUUCCCAUACUAUAAGGAGGAUUUCGCUGACUCUGCUUUCAGAGUUGUUGGUGACUCUUACGUUACUAGUGAUUCUGGUACCGGUAUUGUUCAUAAUGCACCAGCCUUUGGUGAAGAAGAUUACAAUGUCUGUUUGAAAAAUGCUAUUAUCAAGGAAGACGGUGAAAUUCCAAACCCUGUCGAUGACAAUGGUAAAUUCACUGACAACAUCACCGAUUUCAAAGGUAUGUAUGUCAAAGAUGCCGAUAAAGAAAUCAUCAAAUACUUGACUGCCUCAGGUAACUUGUUAUUGGCCUCUCAAAUUCGCCAUUCUUACCCAUUCUGUUGGAGAUCCGAUACUCCAUUGUUAUACCGUACUGUUCCAGCUUGGUUCGUCCGUGUUAAGGAAAUUGUCCCACAAAUGUUGGAUUCUGUAAUGAAAUCUAACUGGGUUCCAAACAACAUUAAGGAAAAGAGAUUCGCCAACUGGAUUGCCAAUGCUCGUGACUGGAAUGUUUCCAGAAACAGAUACUGGGGUACUCCUAUCCCAUUAUGGGUCUCUGAAGAUUACGAAGAAAUUGUCUGUAUUGGUUCUAUCCAAGAAUUAGAAGAAUUAUCUGGUGUGACUGGUAUCAAGGACUUGCAUCGUGAUAUUAUUGAUAAAAUCACUAUUCCAUCUAAACAAGGUAAGGGUGACUUAAAGAGAGUUGAAGAAGUCUUUGACUGUUGGUUUGAAUCUGGUUCUAUGCCAUAUGCUUCUCAACAUUACCCAUUUGAAAACGCUGAAAAAUUCAACCAAAGAGUUCCAGCUAAUUUCAUCAGUGAAGGUUUAGAUCAAACUAGAGGUUGGUUCUACACUUUAAGUGUUUUAGGUACUCAUUUAUUCGGAACAGUUCCAUAUCAAAAUGUUAUUGUUUCCGGUAUUAUUUUAGCUGCUGAUGGUAGAAAAAUGUCUAAAUCGUUAAAGAACUACCCAGAUCCAAAUAUUAUUUUAGAACAAUACGGUGCGGAUGCUCUGAGAUUAUAUUUAAUCAACUCUCCAGUUUUAAAAGCUGAAAGUUUGAAAUUUAAAGAAGAAGGUGUUAAGGAAGUUGUUUCUAAAGUAUUAUUACCAUGGUGGAACUCUUACAAGUUCUUGGAAGGUCAGAUCGCUUUACUAUCCAAGACUUCUGACCUAAAGUUUAAAUGGGAUCCAACAGUUAAAUCUAAUAACGUUAUGGACAGAUGGUUAUUGGCUUCUAUUCAAUCAUUAGUUCAGUAUAUUGACGGAGAAAUGGCUGAUUAUAGAUUAUACACUGUUGUACCAAGAUUACUACAUUUCAUUGAUGAAUUGACCAACUGGUACAUCAGAUUCAACCGUCGUCGUUUAAAGGGUGAAAACGGUGUUGAUGACUGUUUAAAGGCUUUAAACUCCUUAUUUGAAGCUCUAUUUACAUUCAUCCGUGCUAUGGCUCCAUUUACCCCAUUCUUAGCUGAUACCAUAUACAUGAAGAUGAAGGAAUUCAUUCCAAAGGAUAUUUUAUCCGAAUUCGGUUCUGACGACAGAUCUGUUCAUUUCUUAUCCUAUCCGAUCGUAAAGAAGGAAUUAUUUGAUGAAAAGAUCGAAGUUGCUGUUUCUAGAAUGCAAACUGUUAUCGAAUUAGGUAGAAACAUCAGAGAAAAGAAGACUAUUUCAUUGAAGACUCCAUUAAAGAGCUUAGUUAUUUUACAUAAUGAUGAUGAAUACUUGAAGGAUGUUGAAGAUCUAAAGGAAUAUAUUAUUGAAGAAUUAAAUGUUCGUGACGUUAUCAUUACCAAAGACGAAGAUAAAUAUGGUGUUGAAUACAGGGUUGUUGCUGACUGGCCAAUCUUAGGUAAGAAAUUAAAGAAAGACGCUAAGAAGGUCAAGGAUGCAUUACCAAAUGUUACUUCUGUACAGGUACGGGAAUAUUUAGGUACUGGUGAAUUAGAUGUCGCUGGUAUUAAAUUAGUCAAGGGUGAUCUAAAUGCUAUUAGAGGUUUGCCAGAAUCUAAAGUUCAAGAUGGUCAAGAAACCAGAACUGACCACGAAGUCUUGAUUAUCUUAGAUACCAAAAUUUACCCAGAAUUAAAGACUGAAGGUUUAGCCAGAGAGUUAGUUAACAGAAUCCAAAAAUUGAGAAAGAAGUCCGGUUUAGAAGCCACUGAUGAUGUCUUAGUUGAAUAUGAAUUGACAAAAGACACUAUUGACUUUGAAGACAUUGUUAAGGAGCAUAAAGAAAUGUUAACCAAGACUUGUAGAUCUGAAAUUAAGAAAUCUGACAACUCUAGAGCCGACCCUAUUGCUGAUGAAGAGCAAACUAUUAAUGACACUGUCUUCAAGUUAAAGAUCUUCAGAAUAUAA